UAAUUUAUGCGGAAAGAGUUUUAUUCAGAUGGGUACAUUAAAAAGACACCAGAAAAGACACAGCGGUGUGAAGGAUCAUGCUUGCCCUGAAUGUGGGAAGACUUUUUUUACAGAUGGUGCACUGAAAGUGCACCAGACAGUUCACACUACAGAAACGCCUUACAAGUGUUCACACUGUGACAAGAGAUUCAAACGGUCAGACUACCUGAGAAUACAUGAGAGGAUCCACACUGGAGAGAAGCCAUAUACAUGUGAUCAAUGUGGGAAGAGCUUCAGACUAAAAGAAAUGCUUAAUCGACACAUGGAUAUCCACAAUGGAGAGAAGCCGCACACAUGUGAUCAAUGUGGAAAAAAUUUCAGACAAAAAAGAAACCUUAUCAAACACAUGAAAAGACACACUGAAGAGAAGCAACACACAUGUGAUCAGUGUGGGAAAACUUUUGUGCAUAAAGGAAACCUUAAAGACCACAUGAGAAUCCACACUGGAGAGAAUCUACAUACAUGUGAUCAGUGUGGGAAAACGUUUGUGUUUAAAGGAAACCUUAAAGACCACAUGAAUAUCCACACCGGAGAGAAGCCAUACACAUGUGAUCAGUGUGGGAGGAGUUUCAAACGAAAAGAUAGACUUCAUGAUCACAUGAGGAUCCACACUGGAGAGAAGCCGUACACAUGUGAUCAGUGUGGGAGGAGUUUCACACAAAGAGGAACCCUUAUUGCACACAAGAAAACCCACAGUGGAGAGAAGCCAUAUACAUGUGAUCAGUGUGGGAAGAAUUUCAAACGAAAAGAAAGCCUUCAUGAUCACAUGAGGAUCCACACUGGAGAGAAGCCGUACACAUGUGAUCAGUGUGGGAGGAGUUUCACACAAAGAGGAACCCUUAUUGCACACAAGAAAACCCACAGUGGAGAGAAGCCAUAUACAUGUAAUCAGUGUGGGAAGAAUUUCAAAAGAAAAGAAAGCCUUCAUGAUCACAUGAGGAUCCACACUGGAGAGAAGCCGUACACAUGUGAUCAGUGUGGGAGGAGUUUCACACAAAGAGGAACCCUUAUUGCACACAAGAAAACCCACAGUGGAGAGAAGUCAUAUACCUGUGAUCAGUGUGGGAGGAGUUUCACACAAAGAGGAACCCUUAUUGCACACAAGAAAACCCACAGUGGAGAGAAGUCAUAUACCUGUGAUCAGUGUGGGAGGAGUUUCACACAAAGAGGAAACCUUAUUGCACACAAGAAAACCCACAGUGGAGAGAAGUCAUAUACCUGUGAUCAGUGUGGGAGGAGUUUCACACAAAGAGGAAACCUUAUUGCACACAAGAAAACCCACAGUGGAGAGAAGUCAUAUACCUGUGAUCAGUGUGGGAGGAGUUUCACAACCCUUGUUACCCUUGUUGCACACAAGAAAACCCACAGUGGAGAGAAGUCAUAUACAUGUGAUCAGUGUUUCAAACGAAUCACACAAAGAGGAAACCUUAUUGCACACAAGAAAACCCACAGUGGAGAGAAGCCAUAUACAUGUGAUCAGUGUGGGAAGAAUUUCAAACGAAAAGAUAGACUUCAUGAUCACAUGAGGAUCCACACUGGAGAGAAGCCGUACACAUGUGAUCAGUGUGGGAGGAGUUUCACACAAAGAGGAACCCUUGUUGCACACAAGAAAACCCACAGUGGAGAGAAGUCAUAUACAUGUGAUCAGUGUGGAAAGAAUUUCAAACGAAAAGAAAGCCUUCAUGAUCACAUGAAAAUCCACACUGGAGAGAAGCCGUACACAUGUGAUCAGUGUGGGAGGAGUUUCAUACGAAGAGUAACCCUUUACAAACACAAGAAAACCCACACUGGAGUGAAACAGCACCAGACAGUUCACACUACAGAAACACCUUACAAGUGCUCACACUGUGAAAAGAGCUUCAAACAUUCAACACAUCUACAAAUACAUGAGAAGAUCCACACUGGAGAGAAGCCGUAUCACUGCCAUUCAUGUGGGAAGAGAUUCACUCAAUUAUAUUCUUUAAUCUGUCAUAAAUUACAUGUCUGCAUGUCUGAAAUUACAGUAAGUAGAUGAAGUUCUGAUCCUGUACUUCCAGGUGCUAGGUAGGGCUGCAUCAAGUAAUUAUUUUGCUAAUCGAUUAAUCAGAGAUUAUUAGAACGAUUAAUCAACUAUUCGUUGAUUAUUUCACAGAUUAAUCAGUAUCUUUAUUAAUUAUUUGGCUUGUGGAGUUUGUUAAAAUGCUGAGUUACACCCAUUCUAACUAAUAAA